AUGGCGACCCUCAAAAAGUUCUCCAGCAUAUUGAUGCUUCUGACUGCGGUCGUGUUCUUCUACAUGAGCAGCAAUGUGCCGGGAGCAGAAGCAGCCAAAGGUCCUAAGAUAACCAAGAAGGUGUACUUCGAUAUCGUGCAAGGCGACAAGGAGCUCGGGCGGAUAGAGAUGGGCCUUUACGGUGGUACCGUCCCCGAGACUGUCGAGAAUUUUCGAGCACUGGCCACUGGCGAGAAAGGCUUCGGAUACGAGGGAAGCUCGUUCCAUCGAGUCAUCAAGAGCUUCAUGAUCCAGGGCGGUGACUUCACCAAGGGUGAUGGCACUGGCGGCAAGUCGAUCUAUGGAGCCAAGUUCAAGGAUGAGAACUUCAAAUUGAAGCAUACAAAGCCAGGGUUGCUCAGCAUGGCCAACGCUGGUCGAGACACCAACGGCUCUCAGUUCUUCAUCACAACGGUCGUUACGUCCUGGCUCGAUGGCAAGCACGUCGUCUUUGGCGAAGUCCUGAGCGGUAUGGAUGUGGUGACAGCCAUCGAAAAUUGCGAUAAGGGGCCCGGCGACAAGCCGAAGGUCGCCAUUACGAUCAAGAAAUCUGGCGAACUUGAAGUUGCAGAAGGCGUAUACUCGACGGCACAUCCGGAAUAUGUUGAACCUGAGCCCGAGCUCGCAGCGGGCAACGCUCCUGCAGAUGCAGUGACCGAGCACAAAGAGCAGCCCCAGAUGACCAAUCCGUCUCAAUUUGGCGAGCUUGCGUCAUUUAGCUACUUGCAGGGCUUCCUUAUGUUCGCUGUGGUCCUGAUCAUCGUCGUCAUCUUUGCUCGAAGGCGGAGGUCGGGUGCGUCAAAGGAAAAGGUACUGCCUUAG